GUUUGUGAGGUGUGCGAGAGUGCAACUGCUAAAUCAUUGAACGAGACCUGAGCACACCUCAUACACACACGCUCUCAGGACUUUCCCACACUUUUAUUUCUUUCUUUCUUUUUAGAUUUUUUUUCGUAUGCCUAAAGGACUGUCAAGGUGUACUGUAACCCAAUACUAUCAGGAAAAGUUGAUCAUAUAAACAUUUAUUUCAUAAACACAUUACUCUAGGAAGAGCCUUGGAGAGCAUGAGUUAAGGUGAGUAGAUGAAAAUGAAGCUGCUGUUAAUAUCAGCUCUACUUGGAUUUGUCUUUCAUGUUGGAGCAAAAACAGACAGUAAUCCAUGCAUUUCUGCAAAUGCCAAAACCUGUGGAGAGUGUAUUCAGAUCGGCUCACAGUGUGUGUGGUGCAAAGAUCCUGAUUUCAAACCUUCACGCUGCGAUGACAUUGAGUCUAUGGCGAAAGCUGGCUGCACUGCAGACGGUGUAGAAAACCCUCGAGGAGCGGUCACUAUUGACAAGAACAAACCCGUCACUAAUCGUAAAAUUGAUGGAGGACAAAAUCUGAGGCCCGAUGAGAUCACGCAGAUUCAGCCACAGAAAGUCACGCUGAACCUUCGCUCAGGAGAAGCACAGAAGUUUACUCUCAAGUUCAAGAGGGCAGAGGAUUAUCCCAUUGAUCUGUACUUCCUGAUGGACCUCAGUCACUCUAUGCUGAGCAAUUUGGAAAAUGUCAAAAACCUGGGAACCGAACUCGCCAAAGAGAUGAAGGACAUCACGAAAGACCUGCAUAUAGGUUUUGGUUCUUUCUUGGAGAAGCUGGUUAUGCCUUACAUUCUGAUGACGCCAAAGUAUCUGAAAAACCCCUGUUUUCCAAACGACUGCACUGCGCCCUUCAGCUACAAAAACGUCCUGAGCUUGACAGACAAUCAUGCAUUGUUUACCCAAGAAGUCAGCAAGCAGAAAACCUCUGGAAACCUGGACGCUCCGGAGGCAGGAUUUGAUGCAAUCAUGCAGGCUGCUGUCUGCAAGGACGUGAUUGGCUGGAGGAAUGUCACUCGUCUCCUAGUGUUUUCCACAGAUGCUGGAUUUCAUUUGGCUGGAGAUGGAAAACUUGGUGGCAUCGUUCGUCCGAAUGAUGGGAAAUGCCAUCUUGACAAUAAUAUGUACACCAUGAGCAACUACUUUGACUACCCCACCAUCUCUCAGCUGGUAGACACACUGAGUGGCAACAAUAUUCAGACUAUCUUUGCUGUGACCGAACAAAUCCGGGAUAUUUAUCAGGAACUGUCUGCCCUUAUCCCAAAAUCAGCAGUGGGGACACUGUCUACCAGCUCUUCCAAUGUCAUCCAGCUCAUCAUCGAUGCUUAUAAUUCUCUGUCCUCUGAGGUGAUUCUGGAGAACAGCAAGCUACCUGAUGGUGUGUCCAUCUCCUACAUCUCCCACUGCAAGAACGGAGUGAGUGGAACAGGAGAUAAUGGGAGAAAGUGCUCCAACAUCUCCAUUGGGGACGAGGUGUUGUUUGAUAUAGAAAUCACGGCUAAAGGCUGUCCAUCUAAAGGUAAAUCAGAGACCAUAAAGAUCAAGCCGCUGGGCUUCAGUGAGGAGGUGGAGAUCCUCCUGAACUUCAUCUGUGAAUGUGAGUGUCACAAAGAUGGGAUCAAAAACAGCCCCGAUUGUAGCGAAGGACAGGGAACGCUGGAGUGUGGAGUCUGCAGGUGUAAUGAAGGUCGAUUAGGCAGAUUGUGUGAGUGUAGCCAAGAUGAGGUGCUGGCAGAUGAUCUGGAUGCAAACUGCCGCAUGCAUAAUGGCACAGAAGUCUGCAGCAACAAUGGAGAAUGUGUCUGUGGAACCUGUGAGUGUAAGAAAAGAGACAACCCAGAGGAGAGAUACAGUGGAAUGUUCUGCGAGUGUGACAACUUCAGCUGCGACCGCUCAAACAACAAGCUCUGUGGAGGUCAUGGCCGAUGUGAGUGUAAGAAGUGUAUCUGUGAUGCUAACUACACCGGCAGUGCUUGUGACUGCCCUCUUGACACCUCAACUUGUCUGGCCAGUACCAAUGAGAUCUGCAAUGGCCGCGGCAAAUGUGAAUGUGGCGUGUGCAAAUGUGAUGAGAAUUAUGAGGGUCCGACCUGUGAAAUCUGCCCAACCUGCCCCAGAAUUUGCACCGAACGCAAGGAUUGUGUUGAGUGCAAACAUUUUGGUACGGGAAGCAAGCAAAAGACAUGCGAUGAGGACUGCAAAUCCUUCAGUAUAAAGAAGGUGAAGACUAAGGAGGAUCUUCCUCCACCAAACAUCAAUCACUGCAAAGAGCGGGACGUUGACGACUGCUGGAUCUUCUUCACUUCUUCUAGCGAGAAAGAUGGCAGCAUUCAGGUUUAUGUGGCUGAAAACAGGGAGUGUCCCUCUGGCCCUGACAUCAUCCCCAUUGUAGCAGGUGUGGUCGCAGGAAUCGUUCUGAUUGGCUUAGCACUUCUGCUUAUCUGGAAGCUGCUCAUGGUUAUUCAUGACCGCAGAGAGUUCGACAAGUUUGAAAAAGAGAAAAAUAAUGCCAAGUGGGAUACGGGCGAGAACCCCAUCUACAAGAGCGCUGUAACAACUGUGGUGAAUCCUAGAUAUGAGGGAAAGUGAUGGAUCUUCAGGAUGACUAACGGGAAUUGUUCUCAACAAGUAUGAGUAGGGUCUGUCUGCAGACAGCAAGACAGGGGCGUAACAUGAAGGGAAAACUAUGUCAAAACUAUGUUGUCGGCAAAAUGGCACUGUACCCAUCAAAGUUAUUAAUGUCUACACUUUCCCCAAACCUAAACUCAACCAUCACCGUUAUUAACUUCUACAUCUACUCCACAAUACAGCUGCAAGUUGCGUAGGCUUUCAUACCUGACGUGCUCACCAUUGUACUGUUAUCUGCAACCACAGGGGGCGACGCUGAGUCGGCUAACUUUCAUGACAAAUCGAACAAAGAAGUCAGUGAGUGAAGUUGCUAAAAUAAUGAAUAUAAUAAUAUAAUUUGGAGAAAAUGCAUGAAAACAUUUGCUGAAAAUGUUCUGUGGAAAUUGUUUCCGCCAUCUUGCCAACAGCAUCUCGUUGUGACAUCUUGCAUGGUUCAUUGGGAUCUCGAUAAGUGCAAGUUAUCCCUCUAACUUACUACAAGUUACGCCCCUGUCAUGUUACACUCCCGUCUUGCAGUCAAAUAUAGUACCACAAACUGCAUUUAAAGGGAUAGUUCACAGAAUACUGAAAUUGUCAUAAUUUACCCACUUAUGACAAGCUAGUUUUGGGCUACAUUUACAUGACAUUUCCUACGUUUCCACCUAUUUUCAUGCUUAUUAUGGAUAUGCGCAUAAAAAAACAGUUGAUGGAUACACCAACUGCGCAUAAAUGUUGAAAAUGCACAUUAAAAAAAAUAAGCGCAUAACUGAGUGGGAUAAACUUUUUAUUCGAUAAGAAAAGAUGCGCAUGAACUACGAUGGAAACACUUUUACCAAACAAAUUCCAGUAUCCGCAUUAAAAAGGUCAUGUGAUUACUCUUAUAAGAGACCAUUUGUGGAUAAAAAUGUGUGUGAAUAGACAUAUCAGCAGGCUGAGCACAUUGUUAAACAUCUGAAAUUUUGUUUUGGUCAUUCUAAAAUGCCUUAACCAUUUCAGUAUUAGUGUUAUUAUAUUAUUAAUUAUCUCCAGAACUGUCAAGAGCAUCUGCGCUCCGUGUCUCAUGCCUUCAAACACGACUACGUGUUCGUUGCAUGUCAUCAUCGUCUUCUGAGGCACAAGUCAUUUAUUAAAUAAGGAAAAGAUUCACGCAGAUUCUCCUGCCGCAGUAAAUUCUGUUUUUUCUGUUAAUAUUUGCCGCCACAAUGCUUUAUACGCAUAUCUGUUAUGCGAUAUUCCAAUUUUGCGCAUAAAGUUAAUUCUCAUUUUGGAUGGAAACAUAGCUAGUGCUGUAGCCAAAAACUGAAAAUAUUUUCCCUUACCUUUUAAAAAAGCUUCACAUUUACACAGUCCACUUGUCCACAGUCCAAAACACUGUAUUCUGUGCUGUUGGUGGCGCUGAUGUGAAUGUAGAGUUUUUUCAUGCAUACAAAAUGCGUCUAUGCUGUUGGUUGUUGUGUGAAGUAAAUCCACAGUAUGCUAAUGAAGAUAUCCCUACUGAAAAAAACUGCUUAAACCAGCCUAGGCUGGUUGGCUGGUUUUAGCUGGUUGACCAGCCUGGUUUUAGAGGGGUUUUGGCCAUUUCCAGGCUGGUUUCUAUCCAUUUCCAGCCUGGUCUUAGUUGGUCAGGCUGGAAAAUGGCCAGCUAAAACCAGCCUAGCCAGGCUGGGAACCCAGCCAAAACCAGCUAUGUCCAGCCUAAACCAGGCUGAUCAAGUUGGUUUUAGCUGGAUUUAGCUGGUCAUUUGGUUUUUCAGCAGGGAUAGCAAACACUUGAGCAGCAACAACACUACCACGUACUAGGUCAUUGUUUUACACCUCCUUUUACGCCGCCUUCACCUCCCUCAACAGAUGUGAUUAUUGUUGUUACGGUUGCCUCGUUGCGUGUGUUUGGAGCUUUGAAGAUUCACAAUUUCCUUUUUUAUCAAAAAACACAUCACUGUUCGCUAGUAUUUGUCUUUCCUACUGUGGGUGAACAAACGCUUAAUACCUUUAUACAAAUAAAUCUACUCUAAACA